UCUUUGCUACUGUCAUAAUCAGGUGGACUCGAUCUUGUUUUAGAAUCAUCGUAUUUGCGUAACAGUUUUGAAUUUGUUUGAAACAUUUCCCAGUUAAUCAGGUUUGUUUGGUAAUAGCAUCGGCAUUUGAACACGAAAAUGGCACCAGUCAUACUAAAAGGUCGUAAUUAUGUUUUGUUUAUCGGAGGAAUCGUGGGUUUGAUCGGUUUGGCCUGCUAUCCAAUUAUUAUCGACCCGAUGCUGAAUCCAGAGAAAUAUAAGAAAAUUCAGCAGAUAACUCGAGCCGGCAUACGUCAGGAAGAUAUUCAACCUGGAAACAUGCGAGUAUGGAGCGAUCCAUUCAAACCUAGAGAGGAUAAGCCAAAAUGAUCUGUUGAAGUGUUUGUUGUUUUUUGCUGGCAAAGCAGCAGACAAUUACUGUGCUAUUUGUUUUAAAAAAUGUUCAAUAAACCAAAACAAUUUUAGGCAAAA